AUGGAAUCUGAAGAUCUUAUUAACGAAGAAGAUGACGAUGCAUAUGAUCCUGAUCCCUUUUACAGACAAUUUUUCAGCGAGUCAGCACGACUCGAAACGUAUAGAGAUUGGAAAUCUGUGAUAAGUCAAGAAGAGUUGGCAAAAAAUGGAUUCAUUUACCAACACACUGGGGAUCGCGUUCAGUGUGUGUUUUGUCGAAAAUGUUUUUCUGACUGGAAGCCAGAAGACCGAAUCCCAAAUGUUCAUUAUCGUUUCAGCCCAGAAUGUCCCUUUGCUGCUGGAUUUGAAACAAGAAAUGUACCUCUGAGUGUGUGCCAACAUCCUGUCAAAUUGUUCCAUGUGUCGGAAGAAAAUCACAGGCAGAGUACAGGCUCUAUUGUGAUGGCAUUAAAUGGCUACAUCGGAUGGGACCAAACCACAGUCAACUGCGCGUUUACACAGAGCAAACUGGGAAGUUUUGUUUUGAUAUUGAAUUAUUAUGACUGUAUCGAUAACUGCCAGUGCGACGACUGUAAAUUGUACAGACAGAAGAUGGAUUUGAAUGAUUCCAAUGCCAUGAACUGUGAGAUGGAUGAGCUGGCUAACACCGUAAAAACACAGAAAUCAGACAACAGCAAUACCUUACCGCAACAAACCGAAUCGAUGAGUGUUGAUAUGUUGGAUAAGGAAAUGUUCAUGAAUUAUUAUGAAAUGUUCAAACCGCAGAUGGAUUUAAACGAUUCCAGUUCCAAUGCGGGAAUGAAAAGAAAAGUGGAAAAUGGUGAGAUGGAUAACAUUGUAAAAAGACAGAAAAUAGAAUACAGCAAUACCUCCCCCCAGCAAACCGAAUCGAUGAGACACUACUCAACUGAAGACGAAAAACUACAAGCAAUGGCAAAAGACUAUUUGCGAGAUGCGGCAGAGUCUUGUAUGGAUGUGAGCAUGGAUGAGAAAGAAUUCAGCGCAGUAAAAAAGACUUGUCGAGUGUUGACAAAAUGUGCUGUUACAAGCGUUGAAGAUCUCAGCACCAGCGACAACAGUGAGAAAAAUGAGAAUCACGAAGCACUUCGCCAGUUCUUCGCCAGGCGUGGGAGACAAGACGGCAGUUCAGAUGCAGUCGUCCUGUGUGUCAGAAAGCUGGUGAUCAAAAUGGUUGAAGGCAGUACCCAAGAAAGUACAUUUACAACUCUGUAUGGCUGGUCUGACCUCAGUGGAAGUUGUUCGUUUAAAUGGUUUCGGGACAUUGAAGUAAAACAACACGAGAAUGUCCCACCAAGAGUGAAGGGCUGCCUGUUUGCUUCAGAUUCCCAGUCCUCCUCGCUGAUGAUUUCUGAAGUCCUUACGCAGUCACCCCAGUCUUCAACCUCAGUUUGUACAGAAUCAUCAACACCGUGGCCAGAUGCUAGUCACAUUGACGUGAACGAGUUAGUAUCUGCUGGCCUAGUAUACUCAGGUGUGGGCGAUGCUGUCCGUUGUUACUAUUGCGGCGGUGGUCUAAAACAUUGGGAGAUCGGUGAUGAUCCGAUGUAUGAACAUGCGAGAUGGUUUCCAACGUGUCCGCAUAUCGUUAUUUGUAAAGGAAAAGAUUACGUUGAAAAAGCAAGGCUGGGUGAACAGCCAUCCAUAUCAAAACAAAAGGAAAAGGUAAACCAAUCCGAUGAACAGGAAUCAUCAAUUUCACGCCAAGAAACAGCCAUGGAAGCAGCGGCCGAGUUUGGUUACCACAUGGAUUGGAUACGCAUAGCUGCUAGAAUAUACAGUGAAAGAGAAGGUCCGAAUUCGCAGUUUCAAGCGAGCGAUCUUAUGUCAAUUCUGAUGGAGAUGGAAGACGAUCCAAGUAUGGCGAUAAACUAUACUGCUGGUUCUGGUUCUUGCUGUGUAACUGAACAAUCCCAAGAUAGUCCAUCAAAUGGGCUAGAAACUGAUCUAGAAGCAUUGCAAGAAGAAAAUCAAAAUCUGAAGGAUAAGCAAAAUUGCAAAAUUUGUCUUGAAUGUCUUGCCGAUGUGAUCUUCCUUCCUUGUGGGCAUAUUGUAACUUGUCCACAACCCGAAAUAAGUUCAUGCUUCGGUGGUGUAUUUGCUUUGCUCACCCAUGAUGAGAGAGUUGUUCGUGGAAUGCCCAGUUCCCUCGCAACUGAUCCAACAGAACGUUUACUUUCGGCCAAGAUAUUUACGGCAUUUUGUUUAAACUCCAGUGAUCUGUUCAUACCUGUUAACUGA